UGACAUGUAUUAUGGUGCAACGAUCCGGGCCAGAACCUCGGAAAGAAAGGUGCGAAAAGUCCUAUCUGGCGCGCUAGUAAAGGAACGGGAGCUUUAAACAAUGUUUUCACUUUUCGUUAACAACAGAAACUAUGCUUCGGAAUAUUAGAAAUUAAAAGUGGCAUAUAAUUCAGCUCAAGUAAUUUGUUGUCAUUACUCAACAAUCUACAAGGAAAUUUAAAAAUAAAAAUAAAAAUAAGAGUUCAGAAGUGAUUGAUUUGUGCUGGAUUUGUGUUUCACGGUUUAUUUGAGGGGACUUAAUUUUUGUGAUUGGGAUGUAGCGGGAAGGAUGACGGAGCUACGUCUCACCCCCAGGUGACAGGACAUGGGAGGGACUAGUUUAUACUCACUGUGUUUGCUUCUUACCCUAUGUGUUCAGCACGCGGUCCCGACUUGCACACUUCCGUUUACUGGAACUUGGGUGACUAGCAAUCGUGGAACAUGGACUGUGUCUUCCAGCUCCAUUCAGAACUUCAAGAUGACUGUAGAUGUUUCGGGGUCGAGCCUGUGGACCAUGGACUGCUAUUCAACUGACGGUACCAACUACGUCCUCAAGUCCAAUGGAAUUUUUAGACCAUUUACCACCGUGGAUACUUAUAUAUACAUCUGUAUGAGUUUCACUUCGGAAAGCAGCACAAAAUAUUUGUUUAAAGUGCUUACCUCUGAAACGGAAGUAAAGACAUCACCUUCUGUGUAUGAGCGUGCUAUCAUCAAGCACAUAUCAGUCACAAGUGUGAGCCAGAGUGAAGUGUGUAAUGCAGUAUCUGAUCUUGGACAGGAAAGAAACCACGUGGCACUUCAGUCUGGUUCUGAGACUGCGGGAGCGAUCACGUGUCCGACAAGUAUCCAGGGCACCUGGUCUUACACGUACACUGGACUGUCUUGCAGUGACACAUAUUUGGACACGUGUACAGACAAAACAAAGUUCUCAUACAAUGACACGGUGUGCACAGAUAACCCCAUGUUCUCCAGUGAUGGUACAUUGUGUUGUGUAUACAGCGGUACGAGCGGAAGUGAUACGUACGUCACAUUAUACAAUGCUGACUCCUCUGUAGCAAAUCCUACCAGCUUUCAUUUUUCUUGCAUGGUUUAUACAACUUCUGGAAGCAUGGUAUCUGCAACUGUAAAUCCAGAAGAGUGCAUCACAGGACAAACUUCCACAUCCUUGAUCUCCACUUAUGGCAAGACCGUGACCUAUACAGAUAUUUCCACAACUCCCUGUAAUCCGACCCCGACAUCUGAAACCGACUUAACUUGGCUGUAUAUACUCCUUGGCGUUUUAAUAUUUAUAAUCAUCGUUUUGAUCAUCAUCAUUCUCCUCUGCAUCUUCUGUCGUCGAAAACGACCCCAAAAAGAUGACGAGGAGCGCAACAUUACUGAAGAGUCGGAUGACGAUAAAAGCACAGAAGACCAGAAGAGUUUACAGGAAUCACCAAAAGAGGAAACCAAACCAGAAGAAGAAGAGGAUGAUAGGGCGUCCCAGGACUCGGGGUUCAUCCCAGAUAAAAUUGACAAGGAAGAAGAACAAAAGCACGAUGUUUUACCCGGGUCAGAAGAGAAGAAAGAGGAGGAGGUCCGAGUGGAAGGUGACGGACAAACAAAGGAGGACCAGGAGAGACCAGAUACAGUUGUGAGUAAAAUGUCGGAUCUCGGUAGCACUCUAGCACCGUCUGAACAGGUUGACGGGCCUACGCCCUUGCCACUGGAGGAGCCCACUCCGAGGGAAGAGGAACAUAAUGACGAGCAAAGACCAGAGGGACCAAGUUCUGAAAGCGGUGAAUCUACUGAGGACGAGGAGGAAGUCCAGAGGCGGAUCAGGGAAAUUGGGGGGAAGAAACACGGACCAGAUUAUGUGCCUGAAGGCCAGUUGAGCAAGGUACUGGUCACCAGGGAUAUGCAUGAGAAAAAGAGAAACAAGAAACAGAAGAAACUAGGUCGCCAUGUUGGAAAAUCAAAAAAGAAACAAGACAAGCGGAAGAAAGAUGGCGGUACCCCUGACCCGUUAGAAGAGGAGUCACUGAGACGGAAUGGGGACGGGAUCAAGGCGGAGUAUAUGGAGCAGUAUAAGAACAAAAAACGGAUUGAGACAAAACUGGAUGAAGAACACUACUGGAGCGUGGAUGACGGUCUGGAUCAGUUCAAACUGGAAGACUAUGAUGACGAAUUCGAAGAAUCAUUUCCAAAGGAGGACGAACUGAAUAAAGAUGAGGAGAAGAUGGAGGUGGAAAAUCUUGAUAAUGUCAAUGACGCGACUCGUGCGAACAUCGACGGCGGUGAGAAAGACCGCGAAAAGGACAGCGGAACAGACAGUCCCGGACUGAAGGGAACUGGACAAAGAGACGAUGAUAACGAUGCUAAUAUCGACAGUGAUCCGGAUCUCCGCGACGUAGAGGAUGACGAAGUUUUCGAUGAAGAGUAUGUCAAAGGAACAACCAACCUUCCUCCAGGAUUCAUCCGCGACUCAGAGGGUCGAAUCAUUAGGGUGACAGAUGGCCAAAUUAUAUCUGAGGAAGAAAUGGCACGAUAUUUCAAGAAAGCAAGAAUCAGGAGAUUGUUUAGAAUUCAGCGACUAAAGCGGAACAAGAAAGGACGACCUACAGGGGGUUAUAUAGCUGAUGAGUUUGGUCCUGAAACAACACUAACUAAAGGUGAGGAAAGAAAAGAGGCGGAGGGAGAAGACGGACCCAAACCCAAACAUCCUCGAUCCUCAGCUGACAGACUAGGUUCUUCAGAGCGAAAACAAAGAACCUCUUUAACCAAAGUAGAUAAUACCGGUGGAAAGUCAGUGGCUUUUAAUGUCGGCAAGGAGGACGAAGAGGACAUUGUAUUGUUCGGCGAAGACGACGAUGACGUCAAACGGAAGGGUCGGCGUGAUGUUGCAACGCCAAGCCGGGAACUUCUAAAGAAGCGCUUGUUUAAAUCUCGGAAAAAACGUGACCCUCAUUUAAUACAUGUGUCGGAGUCAGAGAAACCAAGGGAACUGAAUGACUUGGUGAAGGUUUACGGUCGAGGUGUAGGAGUGGGAUCGUCUAUCGGAGGACCAGGGAUAAGCGGACGGCCACCUCUUCCUCCAUCCUCUCUGCAAAGGAACGACAGCACGCGGGGCUCCCUUAAUCCAGAACAGCUCAGACAGUUCAGACAAGGACUUGCUAAUGAUAGGAAGUUUCUGGAACAAAGGAAAGGUGAAAGAGACGCCCUUUACGUUAGGGAAGCAUUCACAACUCCGAAUGAUCUUGAAAUUGAAGAAAUUAAAAUGGAUAAUGAGGAUGGUAAAUCAAUUGAUAUUGGCGAUGAGGAUGAGUUUGUACUGGUAGGUGAUAGAACACAGUCUAGACCAGAUGGAUACCAAUAUUCACCUGAACCAUUUUUCACGAUUGUGCGACGCAGUGGAGAAAAGCUCAACAAUGAACAAGGAACGCCAUGGUGUACACGUCACGAACUACGUCACACUAUUCCAUGGUCGCUCAGAGAACCUACGUCUAUGACGAGAGCCAAUACAACACUUAACGAAUCUGGUGAAAGCAUGCGCUUAAAUGGUGCUUCAAAAUCUGCAGACGCCAGGAAACGAGAUAUGGACGAAUGGCGCCUUAAAAUACUUUUAGAAGAAUUAUAUAAAGACAAAAAGUAUUUCGAUCACGUGAUUGACUCAACAGAACGAGAUAAGGAUCCGAUAUUAGAUGAGCGGGACCUUGCAGAACAUGGACGUGGAUACUUGCUGGACAGAGCUGAAUUCUGGGAUCAACAGAUGAGGGACCACCCUAUUCCCCUCCCCCCGUGGUGUGUUCCAUCUCGUGUAAAUACAACAUUGAAGUUAGAAUCUGGGCGUGGAUCUCAGACCUCCACAGUGACUCCCCCUAUAUAUAGAUCCACGCCCCCGCCCAAUAACGUGCCAAACAAUAGCAAAGACUCAAUCUAAACCUCUGUUUGCAAUACCCUUUGUUCUUCACCAGAGAUUACCUCCUUGGAAACAGCAGCCUAAUUCUUCCAUUUGAUUCGGGAAUCAAUUUUUUUUUUUCAGAUUUUUUCUUGACAGGUUGGUUUUAGCCUUGUAUUUCCGUGAAUUUCUGUGAUAUGCUGAAAAUAGUCUGCAAACUAGUGUUAGAUAUUAUGUUCAUUUAUCAAUUAUGUACGUUGAGAAUGAUUCAAUGAUUUUUCUAGAUUUUUCUAGAUAGAUUGAACUGUAGCCGACCUUGCUUGCUUAUAAGGCAUAAAUAGUUAUCUCAUGGAUUUCCUGAAUGAAAUUUGAGAGAGUCUAAAUGUUGAGCUGUGAUACAAGACUGUGAUGAAUGUUGUUAAAGUAAUCUAUCAGUAUUAUUUUAGAUAUUUAUUUGUUUGCGAUUUUCGUGUGUCCCUUGUGUAACCACAUCGCUCAAGUUCUGUAAGCUCUCCAAUUUGUUUGGAUCUUGUAUUCUACGCAAGUCUCACUCUGGUGAAAGUUCUUUAUAAAUGUAUGUACUUUGCAUUUCAUACGCAUUAUGAAAUUGGCGAAGGAAAAGCAAUGACUCUUUUCAAAUAAAAUUUGUCUUAUUAUUUAUUUUGACAUUCAAAUUCUAAUACUGAAUAAAAUAUUGUCUAA